AUGUCGACCCCUUGUGACACUCCUCCUGACCGUACGGAGACCGGCGAAGAGCCUACGAUCAAUGUCGAACGAGUCUCCAGCAACCAGAGCUCCUUUUUCUCUCCCUCGCCUUUGCCCUCGCGUUCUCGACGUCGAAUUCCCAUUUCCAAGACUGCGGCCUACUCUUGGCUCUCUGUGCAGAAGAUCAUGGAGCACGCGCAGAGUGCAACUGGCUCGGUUACUUGCUCCCGGUACGACGUUUCUUUGUCAGAUGCAAUCAACGGGCAGUCCGAAUCAGAAUUGCUCGAGAACCCGGGAUUACCCGAGCAGCCAGCCAUUGUUCUCACCAGGAUUGCUUCGACCUCAACAGCGUCAACCGUCUCUUCGGGGAGCGGUUCUGACGAUAUGGUCCACAACUCCAAGACUCAUCCCGCAGCGGACUCUAAUUCCAACAUGAGCUCUCUCGGUGGAGGGAAAAUCGACAACCUUUUGGAUGGUGCGGCAGAUGAUGGUGUCGAUGGAUACGUGGGUUGA